AUGUUUCCUGGAUCGCGUAGUAAAGCUCUUGCUAAAGAGCAGGAAAGGCAAAGACAACUACAAGAACAGGAAGAAAGAGAGAAACUUCAUGCAGAUAUAUGCAAAUAUAUCGAAGAAGACGAUCUUGACAAAUUAAAGGAAUACGUUCCAAGCGUAGUGCCUAUUGAUGAAGUAUUUCAAGAGGCAUCUAUUAAUACGUGGAAAGGCUUAAAAACCUCUUUACUUCACAUUGCAGCAGGAUAUGGCAGCGAAUUUUGUUUAAUUUACUUACUUGAACAAGGUGCAAAUGUUAUGGCACGUGAUGGAGACAAACGAACUCCUUUACAUGAAUCUGCACAAAAUGGAACUUUAUCGAUAUUUCAUAAACUUCUUAAUGCAGGGGCUGAUCCGGAAGCUGUUGAUGACUAUAAUAUUCUUCUAUUUUUAACUGAACACUCCACUUCAUCUUGCAUCUUUCGCAGGUAA